AAACAGAAAGUCAAACUGCUUACCACAAAAUGUGUCAAAACUAACAACAAAAUCAUUUAUAUUUUACAAAAAAAGUUGCAGAUGCUGUUGCUUUAUUCAACAAAUCGUUUUUCAACAUUGAUGUUUCCUGCAAUUAUAUUGCAUUACAAUGUUUUCCUCUGCACUAAAGCAGCAUUUUACAUGUUAAAAUCCAACUGUUGUUCCUUAAAGAUCUUACAAACCCCAAAAUUUGUUUAAUUUUAUCUUGUAUUACCUUUUGGAUUACAAGCCUUACAAGCCACCACGAGUCAGCUCUUACCUCAUGUACUUGUCUUUUUCCCGUCAGAUGUAUCUGUGAAUUCAUAUUAUAUACAAGAUGAUCAAUGUUCAUACAUUAGGAUUUUUUUCACACAUCUACAUGUGUAAAAUAGGGAAAGAUAUACUUAUUACCUAAAAUCAAUAUUUUCUUAACAGACUCUAGGCCUAAAUGGUAUCUUCCAGAAACUAUCGCUUGUGUUCGCCAAUCACCACUUACUGCUAAAACAAAUCAGUGUUUUACAAAUGAGAAAUAAUUAUAUAAGCACUUACUGUAGAUAAAGAGGCCAGCCAAAGUUAUUAAAAAAGAAAAAGCUGUUUUGCAGGCUACCACAGCGCCAUCGGUCGUGACAGUGGAGAACUGCAGCUCCACCUCAAACACUCGCGUCCGCGCACAGCAGUGACGUCAUCGCAGUGUCCUGCAGCUUUUUGUGCGUUGAUGGUUAUCAUAUUUCGCAGCUAAAAUGAAAAUGAGUAACUUCGAGAGGACGUUGGCAGAGAACGUGCGGCGACACCGGAUCAUCUAUGACCCGAAUCUGCACGAUCAUGGUGACCUUGAGUUGACACAAACUGCGUGGAACGAUAUCUCCGCCGCCACCGGGAAAAACGAAGCGGAAUGCCGUAAAGCGUGGAAAAAUCUAAGAGACAAGUUUGUGAGGAUCAAGAGGAAGAUCCACACAAGCAGCAAGGAUCCAGGCUCAUACAGGAAGAUCGUGGCAGAGCUGGGGUGGUUGUGCCAAUAUGUUAAACAUCGAGAAAAAAGUCUGAAUGCGAAGGAUGGAUGUAAAGGAGUCCCCUUUGAGGAGUUCAUAAAGACAGAGAGCUUACAAAUGUCCUCAGCAUCAGGAACAUCAGAGACUGGGACUUCAGACAACCCUUCACCUCUGUCCCUCAUGCCUUCAUCACCAGUUCCAUCCACUCCUGUUCUCUCUACUCAAUCCACUCUUGUUCCUGCUACCUCGUCCACACCGCCUCCACCCUGUCCAUCGCCCAAAUGUUACGCCUCGCCCUGUUUAGUUUCAGCUUUUUCUGUACAAAACAUCUCACCCAGUUCCAAUGCCUCACCAUCUUCUUCAGAUUUGAUGCCAAAAAGGAAGUCGACCACUGAAGCCGGCUUGUUGAAUAUCUUGGAGCAGCUGGAAUGGACAAGGGAGAAGAUCGCACAUCAGGACAGUGAGGAUUUCAGAUUCGCUUCUGUCAUCGUGGACAUGUUGGCCAAAAUUGACCCUCGACUGAAAUCCGAGGUUAAGUUCAAGAUAUAUCAAAUACUAUAUGAGGCUGAACAGAGAACCAACAAGUAACUAAAAGCAUUCGCUGAGGACUCUGAACAAUGGAAAGAUUAUUUUCUUAAAUAUGGCCGUUUUGCACAGCAUUAGAAUUGUAAAUAGUUUUAUUUAUACUUAAAACAAUUGUAAAAGUAUUUGUUUAAUACCUUUUAUUAAACAUCGAAUAAAAAUGUUGAAACUGAA